AUGGCGCGCCAAGUGGAGAAUGACGUGGACAUAAACAGGCUGAACGAGACGACACAUUACGCCGGAGCGGCCGACUUCGAGGUUAGUUUCGUCAUGGUUGUUAAAUUUAAUGAUGUUGCCAUUGUUAGGCUAGUCAUGAAGAUCUGGAACAGGCCUCGCCUCCUACUGCCUCGGCGAGUGAGCCAUACUUUACCUCCACCGGACGCCAUCGUCCCGUAUCUGGUUGAGGCCGGAUUCGGCGACACCGUGCCCCUCAGGAAUUUUAUUUUUGACAAUUCCUUGAUUUCAGCACUGGUGGAGCGAUGGCGUCCAGAGACGCACAUGUUUCAUCUCCCGUGGGGUGAGGUGGUACCAUACAGAGACGUAGGCAUUGGUGGAGCAGCUCCUCGGUGUCAGGCCUCCCGUGGCAGCACAGGAGGUGGCAUAGAGGAAGGAGUCGUUCACGCUGAAGCUUGUGUGGCUACGGGAUCGUGUCCACCAGAUGCCCCAGACAGAGGAUCCCGAGUCCUUCCGACAGACUUUGCGGAGUGUAGAGCGUUUUUCUGGGGCUCGGCUGUGCUGGUCUGGAUGUAUCAAUCCCUUUCUUUGGCGGCUCAGCGGGACGUCACGGAUAUCAAUGGCUGCACUCCGUUGUUGAUGUCUUGGAUUUAUCAGAGAUUCCCCCAGUGGUGUCCACCAGAUAGAGGCGUCUACCAGUAUCCGUUGGCUACGAGGUUGGUUAGAUUGCCGCAACAGAGUAGGGAUCAGCAUGAGGCCAGGGUCCUGCGUUGGAGGGUUUCCCUCGACCGGCUACGUUUCGACGAGUUUGCAUGGAAAGUCUACGAUGACCCUGCCCUGCAGGCUUUGUGUCCGCCCUGGUUUCGUGAGGAGGAGGAGUGGGGGACAUGGUUGUCAGCCGUUCCCCUAUUGUGCUUCAAUAUCGUCCGAUUUCACCAUGUAGAUCGGGUGAAACAGCAGUUCAUUGGAGAGUAG